GUGCAGAGAGUAGAGGUGGCGCUCGCCGCUCUACCAUUCACAUUAGGCAGCGUGGGACGAGUGUGCUUGUGACUUGCUCUAUGACUUUCUGAGAAACAUCGCGAGUAUUGGAACUCUGUGUGCCCCAUGCUCUAACAAAACUGAAUAAGAGUUCUUUAUACGAUGUUAAAACAUUACAUACUUUUAUCUUUGUGACGUCCGGCUAUAACUAGUAAUGUUACUGAAACUUGCUUCGUUAAAUAGGAACGGGAGCAUAUAAGGCUCACUUUUAAGUUAAUCAAUAUGUUUACGCGUUCUUAAAUAUGGCAGGGAUGCGGUACAUAUUCAUAUGUUUUGCACAUCUAAAUCUGCUGAUUCCAGGUCACCUCGCAAGCUGGGAUGAAUGGUGGACUUACGAUGGCAUAUCCGGUCCGGAGUUCUGGGGUCUGAUCAACCCCAACUGGAACAUGUGCGAACGCGGCCGCCGCCAGUCGCCCGUCGACAUCGAGCCCCGGAAGCUGGUCUACGACCCCCACCUCCGCCACGUCCACGUCGACAAGCAAAGGGUCUCGGGCAGCCUCCACAACACGGGGCAGAGCGUGAUCUUCCGCGUGGAGAAGGGCUCGAAGCACCACGUGAACAUCACGGGCGGCCCCCUCGUCUACAAGUACCGCUUCCAGGACCUGUACAUCCACUUCGGCGCCGCCAACCACCAGGGCUCCGAGCACCUGAUCAACGGGGCGGCUUUCCCGGCUGAGAUCCAAUUAUACGGUUUCAACGCUGAAUUAUACCGCAACAUGAGCGAGGCAAGACUGGGCUCCAACGGCAUCGUGGGCCUCGCCAUCAUGGUGCAGGUGGGCGAGGAGGGCAACGAGGAGCUGCGCAUCCUAUCUUCGGGCUUCAACAAGGUGGUGUACCGAGGCAUGAAGUGGCCGGUGAAGCACCUGUCGCUGGCGGGCCUCCUGCCGGACACGCACCACUACAUGACCUACGACGGCUCCACAACCCACCCCGGCUGCUGGGAGACGUCCACGUGGCUCGUCAUGAACAAGCCCAUCUACAUCACCAAGCAGGAGCUGUACGCCCUACGGCAGCUGAUGCAGGGCGACCAGGCCCUCCCGAAGGCGCGGAUGGCCAACAACUUCCGUCCCGUGAAGGCGCUGCACCACCGCACCGUCAGAACCAACAUCGACUUCACCAACGCCCACCGCGCCAAGGCCUGCCCCUCCAUGCACAGGGAGAUGUACUACGCAGCCCAGGAGUGGCCCAAGCUAUAGCCGCGUCGCAUAAUCCAGAACUGGCACGUAUGAGUCAGUCUUAAGCCUACAUCCAGUUGCUGGUCUGGUGGUUCGUACAGACAUCUUCCGUGUGCGUAGUGAGCUCACUGGGAUGAACAUUUGGAAUGAACACACGCAGUGUGGAAAAAGUGGUGAAGAAUUGUGUUUUCCUUCCAAGCCUAUGUUAUUUCUAGGUCUUGGUUUCUAGUGGAUUUGGACAGCUUUACAACUGUGGCUGCUGUGUUUUUAUAUAUAGCAUCUUUUUUGUGGCCAAAGGAAUUAAUGUAUAUAAGUGAACUUAGAACACACU